CGGGAGGCCUCCCGCAGCGGCGGAUCCUGCCCCUUCGUCUGCUCGGGCGCCCUUCGGGUCAGACUGCAAUGAGCGGACUGAGGUCUCCUGGGCUGCUGGGGCUGGUGCUCUUAAUGCUCUCGGCAGGGCACUGCAAAGAGAAAACUGACUCCGCAGAUCUGAAGGACAGGCAGAGUCUCUUAAAUCUGAUCAUGGAGAUCAUUCAGGAACUCAAGAGGUACCACCUGGAGAAGGACAGGGGGGUGCAGUAUUUCUCCAAGCACGACUACAACUUAGAUCGAAGGGAAGUGGCUGACUACGGAGGAUACCAGGACGAGCAGAGAGUCGAAAUAGUUCCCAGAGAUCUGAGGAUGAAAGACAAGUUCUUAAAGCAUUUAACAGGUCCACUCUACUUCAGCCCAAAAUGUAGUAAACACUUUCAUCGGCUUUAUCACAAUACAAGGGACUGCACCAUCCCAGCAUACUACAAAAGAUGUGCCAGGCUUCUUACUCGGUUGGCAGUAAGCCCAAUGUGCAUGGAAGGAUAAAGAUUAUUACCAUGAAAAGAAACACCAAGAACCAAGAGAAGUGCCUUGGAAACCAACAGGGAAAUAGAACUUACUACCUUUAUAACAUAUUCCAUUGUGAACAAGAGAUUUAUUUUUGCAGAUUGACAGACUACUUCCCAUAAUUCUUUUAACAUGCGUUUUGUAUGUCGUCAACAGUUUGCAGAUUGACAUUCUUUACAGUAGCAUAACUGCCAGUAGUACUUAAUGCUCCAUACUUAAAAACACACUUUACAACUGAUGUGUAAUGCUGCCAAAAAUUAUGUAUACACAAAUAUUUCACCAAGAAAAUUGAUGUUCUAUUGCUUAAUUCUACAAUUUUAAGGAAUGUUUGUUUGUAUAUCUAGAACUACUAAAGAUCUGCUCCACAGUAGUUGUGGUCACUUGAUAUCCUUCAUGCUUAUGCAAUUUUUUAAAAGUUUGGUUAAAACAGACUUGCAUUGGGGUCACAUUGUACCCUAGGAGUACAAAUUGCAUGACAAACAGGAACGUAAUUCCAAGUAGACAUAUUUUUGGGGACUGUGGAGCAUGGAUUUUGUACACAAACACAAGCUGCCAUUAAUUUACUUUAUAUAAUAAAUGUAUAAAACAUUCCAACGAACGUGCAAUAUGUAAAUACUGUAAAUAACAAGCAUAAGUAAUAAAGUGUUUGGUAUUAAGUUGUUCUCAGUUUGCUUUCUGUUCACUGAAUACAGAUAAACAAGCUAUCUUCCAGUAGCUACUAUCACUUAUCCACACUUAAGCCUCUUUCCAGUAAGACUUCACUAGAGUUAAGAAAGAAAGGUACACCCACCUCAGAGAAGUCAGUAAUUUGGACACUCUCUAUGGAUUUGUGAGGACAGACAGAUCUGUGUGUGCCAGUCCCGCAAAAUGCCCAGACCACAAGGCUGCUCCAAUUCUCUACAGCAUUAUAAAUUUGAAUCUUUUUUUAUGACAAACAGUUGUUUUGAUUUUUUUGGUUGGGUUUUGUUUGGUUGGGUUUUGGUUUG